CAUUAAUAGUGUAACAUACGGCUAACGAUAUAGCAUGUAGCAUUUGCAUAAACUUGGAGGGAGCUUUGGAUAAGUGUUAUCGUGUUUACUAUGCUGUGAAACACUGAAAUGGCUGGCCGUAUUCCUCUGGUUUUGCUGGCCUGUGGCUCCUUCAACCCCAUUACCCACCAGCACAUGCGGCUGUUUGAGCUGGCCAGAGACCACAUGCACCAGACGGGUCUGUAUCGUGUGGUUGGUGGCAUUGUAUCUCCUGUCGGUGAUAAUUAUGGUAAACAGGGUCUUGUUGCUUCUAAACAUCGACUUGCUAUGGCAAGACUGGCCCUGCAGAGCUCUCACUGGGUUUCUGUAGAUGACUGGGAGAGCCAGCAGGCAGAUUGGACAGAGACUGUGGUGACGAUGAGGUACCACUAUGACCGCAUAGCUGCCCAGUACCACAACAGCAAGGACCCGCCCACAGCCUCUGAUGUUCCUCAGCUGAAGCUGCUUUGUGGAGCAGAUUUCAUGGACACCUUUAAGGUUCCUGGUCUGUGGAGGGCUGAUCAUGUAGAGGAGGUGGUGGGCUGCUUUGGACUGGUCUGUGUGAGCAGAGGUAGCCUGCAACCAGACCGGGCUAUACACGAGUCUGACUUGUUGUCCAGGCACCGGCGGCGCAUUUUUCUCAUUCGGGAGUGGGUCCACAAUGAGAUCAGUGCUACAGAGGUCCGACGAGCCCUACGGAGAGGCCAGAGUGUUAAAUAUCUCUUACCAGACUCAGUCAUUGAUUACAUAAGAGAGCACAACCUUUAUACACAAGACAGUGAGAUGAAGAACAAAGAUGUUAAACUACGACCUCUUACCAUGCAAACAAUACAAGACUGACGUACAGGAAAUAGCCUUCAGUGGUCUUGGUCACAAGUAAUUGCAAAAUAUGUUUCAAAAGAUUAAAUUUUUCUCUUACUCUUCAUUUUGAAGAUGUGAAAGCAGCUUUAGAAGAGUUGCAUAUUUUGUCUUGUGUAAAGUGAGCUUUAUCCAUGACCAUGGUUUCCUAGUGUAAUGUGUAGAGAGGGAUUUAGGAAUUUAUCCUGUCUCUGCAGGAGUUCGAUUUGCCAGAUCACUGCAGAGCUGUAGGUCUAUGUUCGGCAGGUCUGGGAUUUGUUGACUUUUGCUGAAUGUCACAAGGAAGAUAAAUAACAGAGCCUUUACACUUUGGAGAGCAAACAUUGCUUCUUCCAUUUCCAU